GACUUCUCAGAGCUUCUUCCUCGAAGUCGCGUAGCGAAACGACGCCCAAACAAAUAUCAAGAAAGAGAGAUGAAGCCCACCACCUCCUCCUCCUCUUUGGCUCUUUCCCCCUUCCCAUCCGAUCGGAGGGUUCUCGGGCUUCCACCUUCUCCAUGGGCGACGCCAUCGCCUUCGCAGGAUCAAGGUUAGGGUUAUAGAUCUUCGACCUCUGCGCUCAGGCAUCUGCCCCCGUACCAUGGUCGCCCCCUCUCGCCGUCGCCAUGCGUUGGUGGAACCGUAAGAGCGCCGGAUCGCCCUCCUCCUCCUCCUCCUCGCCAUCUUCCGCCGCCUCCUCUCCCGGAUCCGCCCGCAGCCGCUCCAAGGACCUUCACUUCUGGACCCGCCGUGGCGACUCCCAGCGCCGCCUCACCCGCCUCUCAGAGCUCGACCGUCUCGCUGAAAUCGAUUUGGGAGGGCGUUCCUUCGACUCCUCCAACGCCGACCCGAGAUCUGGGAGCUUGCCUACCGCUUCUCGCUCCUCCCUUAGCAACCUAGACAGCAACCCUGGACGGACUGUGUCAGCCCUUGUGCUGCUACCGCGUCCGCUCCCUUUGCCUGAGUCGGCGACGCCGGCAGCUGCAUCGCCUCGUCGGGAUCCUACACAGGUGCCGGCUUCGGGGUUUGGGUUCCCGUCGCCUAACUCAGCGUGCUGCCGACUUCCUUCUCCGAUAGAGCUUACAAAGAGAUUAGAAGGUAAUGAAGGGACUCGAGUGGCCACAGAAGUUUCCUCUGUCAUGGAGCCACUCCGCGACCGGACCUUCCCAGCUGGUGAAAUUGGAAGUAGGUUGCCUCACCAGAUUUCAUCAAGAAAUUCAGAACCCACAGGCAUCUCAAGAAAUGGGUUUGCUUUUAGACGUCAGAAAAAGCUAUCUCAAGAUCCAAAUUAUAAUGGAACUGCUGCCUUCAGACUUAAUAUACCUGCUAAAAGUGCUCCAACAAGCGGGUUCUCAAGUCCGGUGCACAGUCCUUUGUAUAGUCCUCGAAGAUUGAGUAAUGUAGAUUUUUCUACUUUUAACAUUGCAACUCCAGGGCGGCAAGUCUGGCCUUCUCUGGAGAUCCCAUUCAAUGAAUCGCUGCCAUAUUUCUCUCAGAAAAUUAUUCCAAGUCCUGAUCAUUCACCACUUCGCAGUCCAACGGUUAGAAGUCCUGACCCAAAACCCUGGAAUCUCAGUGCACCUUCUUCCCCUUUGAACACAAGGAUGCUCUCAGAUAACUUUGCAGCAUCUCAUGAGAAUGGCAGUAACGUUAACGGACACCCACUUCCUCUUCCUCCUGGAGCUAUAUCUCCUUCACAUUCUGGGUCCUCUCAUCAGAAUGGUGUGAAACCUGAGGCAUUGAAAAGCCAAUGGAAGAAAGGAAAACUCAUUGGUAGUGGCACAUUUGGGAAUGUUUAUGAAGCCACCAACAGGCACACAGGAGCUUUAUGUGCAAUGAAAGAAGUAAAUAUAAUUCCUGGUGAUGCCAAAUCUGCAGAAUGCAUAACUCAGCUAGAACAGGAAAUAAAGUUUCUUAGCCAGUUUGAGCAUCCAAAUAUUGUCCAAUAUUAUGGGAGUGAAACAAUUGAUGAUCAGUUUUACAUAUAUCUAGAGUAUGUCCAUCCUGGCUCGAUUAAUAAAUAUGUUCGCCAACACUGUGGAGCUGUGACAGAAUCAGUUGUCCGCAGUUUCACUGGUCAUAUUCUCAAAGGGUUGGCCUACUUGCAUAGUAAGAAUAUAAUGCACAGGGAUAUCAAAGGGGCAAAUUUGCUUGUUGAUGUACAUGGUGUUGUCAAGUUGGCCGAUUUUGGAAUGGCAAAACAUUUGAGUGGUGCGGCAGGGGCUCUUUCAUUAAAAGGAUCACCAUACUGGAUGGCUCCAGAGGUUAUGCAAGCAACGCUGAACAAGGAUAUUGGCUAUGAUCUUGCUGUUGAUAUUUGGAGUUUGGGAUGCACUAUUAUUGAGAUGUUUACAGGAAAACAGCCUUGGAAUGGUUUAGAAGGGGCUGCUGCUAUGUUCAAAGUUUUGCAUAAGGACCCACCAAUACCUGAAUCGCUGUCUAAUGAGGGUAAAGACUUCCUGCGAUCCUGCUUUCGUAGGAAUCCUGCCGAGAGGCCAACUGCCUUGAAGUUGCUUGAACAUCCAUUCAUUCGGUUCUUCCACUACAACUACAAUAUCCUUGGCAAUCCUGAAGGUAUUCCAGGGAGUAAAACAAUUGAAAACACUGCCAGUCCAAGAGAGAAAAGUAAAUCACGAAGUGAGCUGUGUGUUAAAGGAAAAAACUCAUGCAAUGGGGAAAACUGUCACUCUCAUCUAGAAACUUUUGAGACAGCAACUUUUCCUGUACCACAAUCUGCUUCUGAGAUCAGUCGUAGCAUGCCAUCACCACAGCAAAUCCAUCUUAGACUGAGUUCAGCUAGCGAUCCUGUGAAUACUCUAAAUGGUGUGCCGUUGGAUACAGGAAAUUUUCAGUUGUAUGCAUUACCCAAGUCACAUGAGCAGGUUCACUAGAACGCCUUAUGAUCAGGCUUCUGUGCAGGAUUGUACCCAACUUACUGAACAAAUCCCAUGAUUAGGACUUUCCAUGGCUUCAAAAUGAAGAAAAAGAUUGUUCAACUCAUGGUUGGGAUCGUUCAACAGAACAACCAUUAGUCCUUCAUUUUCCAUGGUGUUUUUUCAUCUGAGGUUAAUUAUCAUCAACCAGGAUGCUACAUUUUCUGUUUCUUUUUUGAUUUCACGACCUACAGAUUCUCAGAAUUAGCUGGCUUCAUUCCGCUGAUAGUAGAAGUUACGUCGAGUUCGAACUAUAGAAGUUUGUAGAAUAUUGCAAGAGCAAAGCGCAGAUGUGAUGUAAUAUAUUUUAGUCUGUAGCAUUUAGUAGAAACUGAUUGUGAUAUCCACAACGCAGGCUCCAUGAAUAAUAGAGCCUGUGCUAUGCUUCCUUAACAAUAACAUUGCUCACCUUGCAGUGCUCUAUGUAUAUGAAUUGCCUAUUUACCUAGCUCAGAUAGUGACUUGUAACUGCUUUUAUAUUGCAGUAGCUGGCCAUUUGGUUGUAUGCAAGUGUUUUCCUCA